AUGGCAUCCGCCACCGGGUCGGAGCUCAUUGUCCUCACAUGCGCCAGCGGCAGGCAAUGCAGCCAGAUCAUCCCCCUUCUGUAUCAGACGCCAUCGCCAGCAUCACCACGUCCUGCACUCCGUCUGGUGGUCAACUCAGAGAAGUCGCGCGCGCGGCUCAUGGAGCAGUAUCCCGAUGCCCAGGUCGUGCGGGCGAACCUUCAGGUCCCUCAGGAAUGCGCAGCGGUCGUUGACGGCGCCACCACCGUCUUCUACGUCGGGCCACCCUUUCAUCCGUAUGAAAUCACGAUGGGCAUGAAUAUGAUCGACGCCGCCGUGACGGAGGAGUCUCAUCGACACCAGCAGCAGCAGCAGCAGCAGCAGCAGGGUAACAGAGUGGCGGAUUCGAGCUUAAGCUCACCGUCCAAGUUCAGCUUCGUCCACUUCGUCUUCAGCUCCGCCCUUCACCCGGAGGCUAGCAAGCUGCUGCACCACGACCAGAAGCGGCAGAUCGAAGAGUACCUCACGGAAUCCGGGUUGUCGUACACGAUCCUACAGCCCAGCACUUUCAUGGACAACUUCAUCGGCCAGCUGCUGAGCCAGAGGGACUCGUCGUCCUCCACGGGCACAUUCAUGGCGCCGUUCAACCCGGCCGUGCGCGACCACGCCGAGGUCGCGGUCAAGGUCGUGCGCGAGCGCGAACGCCACUUCUUCGCCACGUACCAGCUCGUGAGCACCCUGCCCAUGACCACGGUCGAAUACGUCGACUCCAUCGGCGCCGUGCUCGGCAAGCGCUUCGACGUCAAGCGCAUCCCCUUUGAGCAGGCCGCCGACAUGUUCGUCCAGAUAACCUGGGGUGAUGGCGACGUGGACCAGGCGUUCCGAGACGCGCCCGAGCGCAUGCUGCUCUACUACAACAGUAGGGGUUUGCUAGGGAACCCGGGCAUCUUGGAGUGGUUGUUGGGCAGGAAACCGACCACACCGGCUGACUUGGCCAGGUUGAGGCUCAAAGAAGGUGGACUCGCAGACAAAUGA